AUGAUUACUCACGGUUCCGCGGGGCGGAUUCGCAUAGCAAUUGAUCGCGGCGGAACAUUCACAGAUGUGAUUGCAAACCCUGGAUCUGGGAGACAGGAAGAUGACCUGUUCUUCAAACUUCUAUCGGUUGAUCCAAAAAAUUAUCCAGAUGCACCUUUGGAAGGAAUCAGAAGGGUCCUGGAAGUCUUUGAGGGGAAAAAGAUCCCCAAAGGGGUACUAUUGGAUAUACAAAAUGUUGCCAGUAUAAGGAUGGGUACCACCCUGGCCACCAAUUGCGCCCUAGAGAGAACUGGGGAGCGUUGUGCGUUUUUGGUCACCAAAGGGUUCAAGGACAGCUUAGUUAUUGGUGAUCAAACUCGUCCAGAUAUCUUUGAUCUCGAUAUCCGGAGGUUCGAUACUUUGUACGAUGUUGUGGAGGAAGUAAAUGAAAGGGUUACUCUCGAGGACUUCUCCGAGCAGUUACCGUUUACAAAAUCGCAACCUGAUCCUAAAGAAAAUACUGUCGUUGGGAAGAGUGGCGAAACAGUAAGGAUAAUACAGGUCCCUGAUGAAUCUGAAGUAAGGGAAACGCUGACGGGAAUAUUUAAUGAAGGUAUCAGAUCUAUUGCAAUUGCGUUUCUGCACUCCUACACGUACCCAGAUCAUGAACUAAUGGUAGGGGAAAUUGCCAAGGAAGUGGGGUUUCACCAUAUCUCUCUUUCGUCGUUGACCUCCCCCAUGAUCAAAUUUUUACCAAGAGCACACAGUGCUGUUGCGGACGCGUAUCUCACUCCGGUAAUUCGGACAUACUUAGACCAUAUUUUUAGCGGUCUGACAAACUCACAAAAUACCAGCAUCCAGUUUAUGCAAUCUGACGGUGGGUUGGUAGACGGGGAUAGGUUUUCUGGACUGAGGUCUAUAUUAUCCGGUCCCGCAGGUGGUGUGGUCGGGUACUCUGCCACAUGUUAUAAUAUCAAUAACAACACCCCACUCAUCGGGUUUGACAUGGGCGGGACAUCUACCGAUAUAAGUCGCUUUGGCGAUAACAAGUUCGACCACGUAUUUGAAACUACAACUGCAGGGAUAAUCAUCCAGUCACCUCAAUUGGACAUCCACACGGUUGCUGCAGGGGGAAGUUCAAUACUGUCAUGGGAAAACGGAUUGUUUAAAGUUGGCCCGGCCUCUGCUGGCGCGGAUCCAGGACCUGCUGCUUAUAGAAAAGGUGGUCCUUUAACUAUCACAGAUGCCAAUCUAUUCUUGGGUUGCUUGGUCCCUGAAUUUUUCCCCAAGAUAUUUGGUCCGAACGAAGACAAAACAUUGGACUUGGAGACCACUACCCAGAAGUUCCACGAACUGACUGAAUUGAUCAACGCCGAUCUUGACUCCUCCCUUUCUCCAGAAGAGGUAGCUUAUGGUUUUAUAAACGUUGCAAAUGAAACAAUGGCAAGAGCCAUCAGGGCUGUUACCGAAGCAAAAGGGUAUAAUGUGUUGGAACAUUACUUGGUUUCAUUUGGCGGUGCCGGUGGACAACAUGCUGUUGCAGUGGCGGAUACCCUGGGCAUUAGCUCUGUUAUUGCCCAUCGGUAUUCUUCUGUCCUGUCAGCCUACGGCAUAUUUUUGGCAGAUGUUGUUGAAGAGCGCCAGAGGCCUUGCUCCUACAUUUUGGGUGCGGAAGGAACUGAUAACAUUACCCGAGAAAUUUUAACAGAUUUGAAGAAUGAAUGUAUCGGUGAACUGUUAAAACAAGGUUUCAAAGAAAGUAACAUUGAAAUACGCGAGUUCCUCAAUUUGAGAUAUGAAGGUACAGAAACAUCUCUCAUGAUUUUGAAAGAAGGGGAAACAUGUGAUUACAAAAAACUGUUUAAUGCCAAUCACAAACGGGAGUUUGGCUUUGCAUUCGAACAGAAAUCUAUCAUUAUCGAUGAUUUACGCAUCCGGGCAAUUGCCAAAUCAGAUAUAAGGAAGGAGCUCUCAAUCGAAGAAGAACUUAACACCGUAACACGUAUACAGGAGAUUGACCCUGAAAAGGAGGCUAGCCUGAUAAAAGAUGUUUAUUUUGACCAACAUUUUGUCAGAACACCAGUUUUAAGAAUCGAAACCGUACCAAUUGGCUCCAUUAUCCAUGGCCCAGCUAUUUUAGCUGAUGGCACCCAAACAAAUAUUAUACCUCCAAAUUGCAAGGCUACUAUUUUGAGUUCUCAUAUUGUUAUUGAGAUCAUGAAUAAGUCAACUAUUGGCGAGAAUUCAACGAUAGAUUCGAUCGACCCUGUGCUAUUAUCAAUUUUUAGCCAUCGCUUUAUGGACAUCGCUGAACAAAUGGGUGUGCAACUACGUAAAACAUCUGUGUCCACCAAUGUCAAAGAAAGGCUUGAUUUUUCUUGUGCGUUAUUUGACAAGGACGGCAGUCUAGUAGCAAAUGCACCACAUGUCCCCGUUCAUCUGGGCUCUAUGUCCACUUGCAUAAUGGCGCAAGCUAAAUUAUGGAAAGGUAAGCUAAGAAAAGGAGAUGUUUUAGUUACCAACCAUCCUGACGUAGGCGGGACCCACCUUCCAGAUAUUACCGUUAUUUCACCGGCGUUUUCAAACAACGGGGAACUCUUGUUCUACGUCGCGUCCCGUGCACAUCAUGCAGAUAUUGGCGGCCUCCUUCCAGGGUCUAUUCCACCAAAUUCAAAGGAGCUUUAUGAGGAAGGUGCAGCCAUCUACUCCGACCUUUUGAUGGAAGAAGGUGUUUUUCAAGAGGAUUUGGUGUAUCGCUUGCUGGUUGAUGAUCCUGCUAAAUUCCCAGGAUGCUCUGGCGCAAGAAGAAUAAGUGAUAACAUCAGCGACCUUAAGGCCCAAGUAGCGGCAAACACAAAGGGUAUUCAACUCAUCGAGAAUCUGGUGCAGGACUAUACUUUUCCCAUUAUUGAAAAGUAUAUGCAUGCAAUACAAGAUAAUGCUUCAGAUACCAUCAAAAAAAUGUUAAAACAACUGGUGAAGCAUUUUAACUCCUCUAAGUUUACAGGGGAAGAUUACAUGGAUGAUGGAUCUCUGAUUAAAUUAACAGUUACUCUCGACGUGGAAAAAGAAGAAUAUGUCUUUGAUUUCACUGGUUCCUCUGAUCAGAUAUACGGGAAUACCAAUGCUCCCAUUGCAAUCACAAACUCAGCGAUCUUGUAUUGUUUGCGGUGCUUGGUAGCAGAAGACAUUCCAUUGAAUCAGGGCUGCUUGAAACCUCUUACAAUAGUUGUUCCUCGCGGCUCAAUUUUAAAUCCUGGACUUGGAGCUGCUGUUGUAGGUGGCAACGUUCUGACAUCACAACGUGUCACUGACGUGAUUUUCAAAACGUUGAAUGUCAUGGCCGAUUCUCAAGGGGAUUGCAAUAAUUUUACUUUUGGGGUUGGACCGCAAACUGACCCGAUUACAGGAUUGGAGAGUCAAGGAUUUGGUUACUAUGAAACAAUAUGUGGUGGGUCCGGUGCUGGCUGCGAUUCGUGGAACCGUUCUGGCUGGAACGGCACAGAUGCAGUGCAUACGAAUAUGACCAACACAAGGAUGACUGAUGCAGAAGUCUUUGAAAGGCGGUACCCUGUAUUACUACAUGAAUUCUCCAUACGUGGCGGAUCCGGAGGAUCUGGUAAAUAUAGCGGUGGGAACGGCGCCAUCCGAGAUAUUGAGUUUCGCAAAGAUGUCACAGCCUCGAUACUGUCCGAACGCCGUUCAUUAGCGCCGCAUGGGGUAAACGGUGGGGAAGACGGCCAAAGGGGCGAAAAUUUAUGGAUCAGGAGGACAAAUGGUGCAGUAAUUAAUGUAGGAGGGAAGAACUCCUUUCAGGCCAAGAAUGGUGACCGGUUUAUAAUCAAAACUCCAGGCGGUGGCGGAGUUGGUGAGUCAUGA